ACCUCCUCCCGCUUUCUCCACAUUCCUCAAUCAUCACUCCUUGUUAGGGUUUCCCUGCCUGCUGCAGCCUCUUUUCUUUUCCCUCGCAAUGAAGUCCAGUGUAAAGAGUGCGGCACCCAAAUCGCCACCAUCUUCGCCGUCGUUUUACACUUACCUUAAGCCCGGUGCCCUUGCGCAGAUUAGGUACUCGAAGAUCACCGCCAGAUCCAAGGAAAUCAGUGCUCAGACCCUGCUCGCGCUGUGCCAGUUUGAUUUCACUUCAGGUUCGGAGGCUUCACAGCCUCGUUCCGAGGUGGGGUUGGACAUGGAUGGGCUUCCGUGUUUCAAUGUGAGGGGGAGGGCGAAGAGAUACCCCAGGUGCCUUCAGAGGAAGAAACUCGUUGCUGUUACGCCGCUUUUCUCUGAGACUCAGACUUAAGCUUUGAUUUGUGCGAGUUGGUGGCCGAUUGCCCGGAUUUAAAAGCCCGUGAAAAGAUCUUUUUUUUUUAUUUUUUAUUGUUUUUAGGAUGGAUGUUCUUAGUUCUGAAUUCUUAGGCGGACUUUGUUGUAAUUGAUACACAGAAGUGUAGAAUAAUCGCAGAUGAAUAAUAAUAUGAAAGAUCUGUUAUCUAUUAUUCGAUCCUUUCAGUUCCUGCGUGAAUCUGGUGUUCCCUUUUUGUUUUAAUUAGUUAUCAAGUUGCUAUACCUGAUUUGAAAUUGGGGGAUGAUUGAUUAAUGAGACGUCUUGAAUUCCUACUUCCUUAUCUGGAGUGGGAAGAUGCUUUGUUCAUAA